GUCAGUUUCUUGGAGCAUGCGCAGUCGCCUUUCCGGGAUUGGGCGUGCGUCAAGAUGGCGGCCUCCGCAUUGCGUUCGUGGCUGAGGCCCCCUCCUGGCCUUUCGCCCUUCAGAAGUGCCUACGGAGUUCAGGUUCCCCUCCAGACUCUUUGCACCAAAGGUCCCCCUGAGGAAGAUUCUUUGCCCCCAGUUCCCAUAAGUCCUUAUAAGAAUGAACCGUGGAAAUAUCUGGACUCAGAAGAAUACCAGAAUCGUUACAGUACUCGCCCUGUCUGGGCUGACUACCGUAGAAACCACAAAGGUGGAAUACCCCCACAGCGGACUCGAAAGACGUGUAUUCGUAGAGAUAAAGUUGCUGGGAAUCCUUGCCCCAUCUGCCGUGAUCACAAGCUGCAUGUCGACUUUAGGAACGUGAAGCUCCUGGAACAGUUUGUCUGCGCCCACACAGGUGUCAUCUUCCAUGCCCCGUAUACAGGGGUCUGUAUGAAGCAACACAAGAAGUUGACCCAGGCCAUCCAGAAAGCCAGAGAUCAUGGUCUUCUCAGUUACCACAUUCCUCAGGUUGAACCUCGGGACCUUGAUUUCAGUACCUCUCAUGGAGCUGUGAGUGCUACUCCGCCAGCCCCCACCCUGGUUUCAGGUGACCCCUGGUAUCCAUGGUACAGUUGGAAACAGCCACCGGAGAGAGAGCUGUCCCGCCUUCGACGGCUCUAUCAGGGCCAUCUUCGAGAAGAGAGUGGUCCCCCACCUGAGUCAAUGCCUGAAGUGCCCCUUAGCAGCCCAACCGAAUCUUCCUCCACUGAGGAGAGCCCUCAGAGUGCUCUGUAGGAGCCAUAGACCGGGAAGGGAUUAAGGGAUAGUGCCUAGGAAUUACAUGAUGGGAUUUCACUCUCAAGAGUUGUGUCUGUAUGUGGCCAAUGGCAGGCCCAGGGCCAGAGGAAAGAAAUGAUUGCUGUUGAAGGGAAUAAAUGCAUCGGAGGCUUAAGGAGGGCAGGACAGAUGUGUAUGGGAAACCUCAGCCCCUAUGUAUUGUAAAUAGAUAGGCUAAACAUUGUUACUUCCGAUGUCUGCUAAACUUGGCUUUUCCACAAUAAAGCUGUAUCUCCUGUU